CUGAGCUCCCGGUGACCAGAGCCCUGAAGAAAGUGCUGGAACGGGGCAGAGGCCCAGCGCGGAUCUCGGCCGAGUUAACGAUUACCGGUGGGCGGGCCCUCGCGGUCCCGCCCCGCCCUCUGCCCCGAGCGCCCGGCGCCGCCCUGUCGCCCCGCCGCCACCUGCCGCUCGGCCGCGUCCGCACCUGCGUCGCGCCCGCCAUGGCUGGCAAAGCACACAGGCUAAGUGCCGAGGAGAGGGACCAGCUGCUGCCAAACCUGAGGGCCGUGGGGUGGAAUGAGCUGGAAGGCCGCGAUGCCAUCUUCAAGCAGUUCCAUUUCAAAGACUUCAAUCGGGCUUUUGGCUUCAUGACGAGGGUGGCCCUACAGGCGGAGAAACUGGACCACCACCCCGAAUGGUUUAACGUGUACAACAAGGUCCACAUCACCCUGAGCACCCAUGAGUGUGCAGGCCUUUCAGAACGGGACAUAAACCUGGCCAGCUUCAUCGAACAAGUAGCAGUGUCCAUGACAUAGGCCCUGCCCUUCCUCGUGGAAGUCUUUGGGGGAAGUGGAGGGACUGAUUUGGGAAUCCAGGGAGGGAGCUGGGGAGCCCUGAGAUGUUCUACAGCCAGAAUUGCCAAGUGGACUCCGCUGCCUCCGUUUAGGGGAGAGUCCUUGCUGUGGUAAGAGGAGGUGCCAGCCUCACUGCCGACCACUCUUUAUCCCCAGCGCUCUGGCACACAUAUGCUAAUCGAGUACGAUCUUCCCCUUCUGUAGGACUUCCCAACAACAGUAAUGGUCUUCUUGCCAGGCUGUGUCUUGCUCCUUUUCUGAUUCAUUUCCCAAGAAGCUGUGUCUAAGAUGCACAGUCUUAACUUAGAAGCCAGGACCCUAAAGUCAACCCCAUCAUAUGUGACAGAAACACGUGUGCUUUUAUGCCUCAAAUAAAACUACUGUUUCACUCGG